GAGAGGGUGAGGGGGAUGGGGGCAUGUGGGGAGGGGAAGGGGAGAGGCCGAGUGAGCCUUCAGCACAGCCAGGGGAUCGCAUCGACCAGCCGUCCACAGGAGCAGCAGCAGGCUCGGGCCAAGCCUCGUCCGGACUAUCAGGCUCGGGAUCAGGCAUGGGGAAGGCAGCAGCAGCAGGGGGGGCAGCAGGUAGCUCGUGUGUGCCCCCCCUGGGCCCGGUGCGUGUGAAGGUGUCGGCGGUCAAGAAGCCCGUGCGCCAGCUCUCGGACCUCUGGCUGCGCCAGGAGGUCAGGGGCGCGCAUGAAGGGGCCGUGUGGACCGCCAGGUUCAGCUCGUGUGGGCGGUAUCUGGCCACGGGCGGGCAGGAUGGCACUGUGAAGGUGUGGCAGGCGGUAUGCGAGGGAGGUAGAGCUGGGGAGGGUGCAGGCGGAGGAGAGGAGGUGGUUGGGGUGUGGGAGAGGCGAGGCGGGAGGCUGGGCGGAGCAGGGGGGAGUGGGGGUGUGGAAGUGAGAGGGGCGGCUGCUGCUGGGGGGACAGGUGGGAGGGGGUGGGAGGAUGCACAGGCGCGUGGGAGGGGGUACCCCCGGGAGAGGUUCGAUGGCUCGCCGGCCUUCGCAUCGGACGAGAUCGCCCCUCCUCCCCUGCCCCAGGCGUCCUCCCUGUCGUCGGGGUUCCGCUCCGUGCCGUCCUCGCCCAUGCACCCGCUCUUCAAGCAAGCGGCAGCAGACUCAGCAGCGGGCAUGGGCGGGGCGGGUAGCAGUGGUGGAGGCGGGGGCGGGGGGUUGAGUGUGGGGCGUGCGGUGCCGCUGUUCUGGCUGCAGGAGGCGCCGCUGUGCUGCUUCACGGGGCACUCCGCUGAUGUGCUCGACCUCGCGUGGGCGCCCAAUGGGCGCCCCGUGCUGGUGUCCGCAUCAGCAGACAGGACCGUGCGCCUGUGGCACGUGGGGAGCAAGCAGUGUCUGCGCGUCUACCCGCAUCCUGAAAUUGUGACCACAGUGGCCUUCCACCCGGUGCACCCCAACACCUUUCUGUCGGGGUCACUGGACGAGAAGGUGCGCAUGUGGGCGGCGGCACAGGGCUCAGUGCUGGACUGGGUGGACGUGGGCGAGAUGGUCACUGCGGCCAACUUCACACCUAAUGGGCAGGGCAUAGCAGUGGGAACAGCCAUCGGCAACUGUCGCUUCUACUCCAUAUCUGUGGAUGGCGAGCUGAGUCUCGACGAGUCAGUGGACCUGCGAGGAGCCAAGUCUAAGAAGCUUCCCCCGAAGAAGGUGACGGGCAUCCAGCACGUGCCCGGCUCCUCGUCCCUCGUGCUCGUGUCCGCCGCCGACUCGCGCCUGCAGCUCUUCCAGGCGGCGCAGCUGCGCUGCAAGCUGCAGGGCCACAAGAACGUUGCUAGCCACCUGGCCGCUGCUGUCAGCGCGUCAGGAGAUUUCAUCGUGUGCCCCAGUGAGGACGGCAGCAUUUUUCUGUACAACCCACCUGGGCUGCUUGCAAAAACCGGGCAGCCGAAUGACCGGCAGAAAGCGUACGAGUAUUUUGCCUGCCCGAGCGCGAGCAGUGCGGUGGCGGUGUGGCCGCUGGGCAUGGAGAGGCGGCGAGUGGGUCCAUCGCAGGCGCCCCGGGGUGGUGUCACGAGCAGCAUCGCGACCUCUUCAUCCGGCCUACUCCCCGAUCAGCCUCGGCUUGUUCCCAGAGGCACCAGCAACGCAUCUCCCUCUGCCAUCCUCUCGGCCCGGCCUGGGACCGCUACUGCUGGUGGUUCUGUUAGUGGUGCGGCGGCUGGUGGUGGCGGUGGCGGCAGCACAGUAGGGCUGUUCUACGGAGGCGGUGCUACCCUCACACCAAUACUACCGUCUCCCUCGCCGUCGUUCGCCGACACGGACUGGGAGCAGAGCAACCGGGGCAGCCAGGCGGACAGCGACACAAGCCGACCUGCUACCAGCGCCAGCGUGGGCAGCGCCACGGAGGCGUCCGUGGCCCAGGGCAGCACGGGUGCCACGGUGUUUCAGUACAGCACGUCCACGGAUCUGGGGGGGUCGGGUGAGGCCGGGAAGGCUAUGAGGGAGCGCUUUGAGGCUGCUGUGGCGGCCAUUGGGGAUGGGGAAGGAGGGGGGGCGCCCACCGCCGCUGCUGCUGCUGCUGGCGGUGAUGCUGGUGCUAAGGUGUCGGGGCAGGGGGUGCAAGAGGGAGGGUCAUCAGUGGCGGCAGUGGCAGCAGCAGAAGUGGCGGUAGCAGCCACAGGUGCGUCCAAGCCCCCCCUGCACUCUGCUGCAUCAGGCGCUUCACGGAGCCCUCUUCGUCUUUUCUCGCCCUCCUGGACGGCAAGCGAUGAGUUGGCAGGUGCCAGUGCCAGCUCAGCAGACAGUCUGCAAGCAGCGGCGGCAGCAGUGGCGGGCACAGAGGGUCCUUUGGCAGCGCAGGGACAGACAGGGGCAGCGGCAGCAGGAGGAACAGCAGCUGCAGUCGCAGCAACGGCAACGGCAACAGCAGCCACGGUGACAGCAGCAGCGCCAGCGCCCAAAAGGAAAGAACAGAUGCCGUCUGCUGCAUCAACAGCCGGGCCCACACAGGUGAAGGGCAGAGCAGGGGCUGCAGGGGUAGGGGGAGGGGGAGGCGAGGGGGGAGGGUGGCAGUGGGGCGAUGGCACAGCAGAGAGGGCGUCGGCUCUGGGACUGGUGAUAGUGACGGCCAGCUUCACUGGCGAACUGCGGGUGUACCAGAACAUGGCAGGGCCCUCCAAGGGCUAAGGCCGAGAAGUAAUGUGCCGCUCAAGGAAGAGGAGGGGAGGGUUAGGGUUACAACUUACAUGCGUCCGCUAUGGGUGGGGCAGCUAACUUCACUGGAGAACAGAGGGUGUACCAAAACAUACCCGUAUUCGCCCGGAUAAAAGACCCAUGGGUCUUGUCCAAUAUCCCCUAAGAAUUUGGAAGUUUGUCUUAUAAACAGAAGGAAUGGGGGUCUUUUAAUUCUUAUAAAUGGAACACAUUUAACUUUACGAAAUAUGCAUGUAUAAUGUCCUAUUACUGCCU